CUUUUUUCUCCCUAUAAAUCUGUAAUGGGCAAACACUGCUUUUUCUCUAAGUGGCUGUAAACGGGCCCAUCAUUCCUACAGAAACAUCAGAAAAUAAUGCAGGGUAGUUUAUACUUCUACCCACCGGCACACGCAGACCAGCUCUCUAGCCAUUCCUGGGAGCCUGCGUGCCAGCAGCCCGGAACUCAGAGCCUCUCGUGGAGCCUGCACGAUCAAUCCAGGUCGAAGCUGAUGUCUUCUAGAGAGACGGAAGUGCAAUCCAGCCAGGGCGCAGCAGAAUUUUGAGACGCCCGAAGGCCUCUGUGUCCGCCAGGGGACCGCUGGGACUAAUUCUUUUGACAAACUUGUGGCCAGCCAAAACUGCCAUGCUUCACGUCCCUGUUAAUCCUUGGUUGCCGCCUGAGAUUGGCUUACAGAGGAGAUGAAAUGUGGUCUGAGGGACGAUAUGACUAUGAAAGACUCCCAAGAGAAAGAGUACCUCCUCGAAGUCACCCCAGUGAUGGCUACCGUAGAGUAGUUAAUGUUGUGCCAAAGAAACCACCACUGCUAGACAGACCUGGUGAAGGAAGCUACAAUAGAUAUUACAGUCAUGUUGAUUACCGAGACUAUGACGAGGGCCGCAGUUUUUCUCAUGAUCGAAGAAGUGGUCCACCUCACAGAGGAGAUGAAUCUGGCUAUAGGUGGACAAGAGAUGAUCAUUCUGCAAGCCGACAGCCUGAAUACAGGGACAUGAGAGACAGCUUUAGAAGAAAAAAUUUCUACUCCUCCCAUUAUGUGAGAGACCGGUCACCUCAUAAAAGAGACACUCCUAUUUUCAGAGAAUCACCUGUAGGCCGAAAGGAUUCUCCACACAGCAGAUCUGGCUCCAGUGUCAGCAGUAGAAGUUACUCUCCAGAAAGAAGCAAAACUUAUUCUUUCCAUCAGCCUCAACAUAGAAAGUCCGUGCGUACUGGUGCCUGCUACAAACGGCAGAACGAAGGAAAGCCAGAAAGAGGUAAAGAAAGACCUGUUCAGCCUUUGAAAACAUCAAGAGACACUUCACCCUCAAGUUCUUCAGCAGUUCCUUCAUCAAAGGUAUUAGAAAAACCCAGUAGGCUAACUGAAAAGGAACUUGCUGAAGCUGCAAGCAAGUGGGCUGCUGAAAAGCUAGAGAAGGCAGAUGAAAGUAACUUACCUGAAAUUUCUGAGUAUGAGGCGGGAUCCACAGCACCAUUGUUCAUUGACCAUCCAGUAGAACCUGAGUCAAAUGCAACAGAUGGCAUAGAAUUGUUCGAAGACAGUCAGCUAACCAGUCGCUCUAAAGCAAUAGCAACAAAAACCAAAGAGAUUGAACAGGUUUACCGACAAGACUGUGAAACUUUUGGGAUGGUUGUGAAAAUGCUGAUUGAAAAAGAUCCUUCGCUAGAAAAGUCUAUACAGUUUGCAUUGAGACAGAAUUUACAUGAAAUCGGUGAGCGGUGUGUUGAAGAACUCAAGCAUUUUAUUGCAGAGUAUGACACCUCUAGUCAAGAUUUUGGAGAGCCGUUUUAGAUUGCUUUCUCAGGCAAAAAGAAAUUUCUAGAUUUUUUUCCCCCUGGAUUGUGUAAAUCCUUAAUAUAUGGAAUUUUUGUGAAGAGAAAUACUUUAUGAUAGUUGACCAUAUUUCCAAUAUCAAAUAAACAUCUAAAAUAGUCUAAGAUAUUUUAAUUAGAAUUUUUUUAUCUACAUGUAGAGCCUUCUAAUCCAUACUUAUCUUUUUUUUUCCCCCAUCCUAAAACAAUGGGUCAAUUAAUUUUUCAAGCUUUCUUGAAAAUGCAGUCCAAGAUUUCUGUACUUACAGGACAUGUCCUAUAGUCUUCCAUUGUUACGUGAUCAUUUAUUUGGUCACACUAGUGUAAUUUAUAGGUUAGAGUACAUUCCACUUAAACAUUUGUAGACUUUUUGCAUUUCAUAGUCAGUGAUACCAUGUGAAAAUGUUAUAGUUCUGAGUUGUGUUUUAUUGACUUGUUGCUUGCUUACCUUAGGCUUUGUAACUUUCAAUACGUUUAAGUAUAUUCAAAUAAACUUAAUACUUUGGUAUCUUAGGGAAUAUUUGCUUUAAGGAUAAUUCUCAUUGUGAUAAAAUAGAGCAUUUAAACCUCUAAAAGACACCUCAUAAUAAAAUCCUGUUUAUCAAGUAAAUGAACUCAAUGUCUUCUGUUAAAAUAAUCCUGAAAUGCCUGACUAGUCUCACUGAUGUGUGAGUCUUAAAUUAUCACAUAGAAGACUAACAGAAGGGAAAAUUGGAGAUGAAAGAUGAGGCCUAUUUUAAAAUUGAGAUUUCUCUCUCACAAAAGAGAAAAAUUUAGAAUAUGGGGAAGUAGUGGAGUUCAUUUUAUCUGUAGGCCCAUAGUCCCUGUCUCAAGAAAGAAUGUGAUCGGUAACAUAUCCAUAAUAAAACACAUUAUGCCUUUGUUAAUCUCUGUUUGUAAUCCAACAAACUCUGGUUCUGCUGUCCCUUUUAGGGGUUCAUAAUGGCAACCCACUCCAGUGUUCUUGCCUGGAGAAUCCCAGGGAUGGGGAAGCCUGGUGGGCUGCCGUCUAUGGGGUCGCACAGAGUCAGAGACGACUGAAGCGACUUAGCAGCAGCAGCAGCAGCAGCCCUCUACAAGUGUUUUUGAAUGAAACAAAGAGCAGGCAGUAAGCCUAGCACAUCUACCCUUCACCAAGCAGCCUGUGUAAACAAUCCUUCAUGAGCGAGCCAUCCAAAUCACGGGUUACUUAAUCUAACUGGGACAGUUAGUGUAUUCCGCUCAUUUCCUGAUCACUUCCAGCUGCCCGGUGGCAUUUAGCCAAAAUAUGUAAUUUUGUGGCAUGUGUUUGGAAACUUUAAAAAAUAUUUGUUAUUACUACCCAAUUUCAUUAUCCUUCCAUUCUUUUUCCAUUCCACUCUCUUCUCAGUUGAAUUUUGGCAUUAUUUUUAGUGGCCUCUAUUGACUAUAUCUAAAGAGCUAUACCAGAGUAGAUAAAAAUUCUAUUAAAAGUAGAAAUAGCAGUAUAAAUAAUUUUAGUGGAUCCUGUAAUGUGUGCCUCAAAAUAUGCAUUAUGCCACUUCACAAAUUAAAAAACUAAUUGAAGGCAACAAGUUAUUAAGUUUCCUAUAUGAGAUCACCUUGAAUUUAGAUAUUGUACAUAAGCCAAAACUAAACCCUAUGUAUCAUCUUUGGUAUUCUUCCCUAAUGUGAAAAGUGGUUUAAUCUGUUAUCCACAUUUGAAAGACUAAGAAAGUACUGAUUUGUUUCUAACGCCCAUUUUUUCUUCUUAAAUAUUUUAAUUCCAGGAUUCAUUUCCUCAAGUCAAGAUGUCACAAGUUUAAAAAUAAAACUUGAGACUCAACUACCUUGAGACAAAGGAGUUGUUUACUUUGUUGAAAUUCAUUAAACUAGUGAAACUGUACUCACAGAUCCGUUUAAAUAUAGGUUCAGUGGAUAGUUUCUUUCCCCCUUUCCCCAAAUUACAUUCAACAUUUCAAGCUGUUUAUAACUUGCCAUCAGCAUUAUUCGCGUGGGCUUGUCAGUGUUAAAUCUGUUUUAUUUUUAAAGCUUUUUAAAGUUUUAUGUUAGGAUAGAUGAAUUCAGAUACAUGCCAGGGUAUGUAUGUUGCAAAUGUUCUUGAUUAAAGAAAUUUGUUUGUAAAUUAUCCAUUGUUUUUGAAUAUGCCCAAUUGAUGUGAUAAAAGUUUUGUCUUACCAUAAAGCCUUGAUGAUCAACAGCGAGAAAGCAGAUAUUGUGAAAUUUUUGUGAACUUUAAAAGUGCAAAAUAAAGCAACCAGUUUUAAAUAA